AUGGUGUUGAAAGCUAGGGAACUGUCACACUAUGGGCCGUCCAUAUGUGUGAAGUUUCAUGGCGACUAUGUUGUAGCCGGAUAUGGCGUAUUUGUGCAAGUCUACGAGGUCUUGAGCGGCAAACUAGUGAAUCAGUCACGAGUGUUCCAUAAUAAUAAAGUUCACGGAUUAUGCGUUGAAAACGGCUUGUUUUUAGCGUACGGAGCGCGUUCUGUGAGUGUGGUGCCAUGGCAAGCUAUUUUGAGCUCAAAAGACAAUUCCAAGCUCGAAAAAAUGUGCCCUGAGUGGGUAACAAGCGCAGAGUUUAGUUUCGACGGUUCAGCUGUUUAUUUGUUGACCAGCUACAACAAGGUGCUGUGCUGCGAUUUGGAACUUGAAGUGUUGGAAACGAGGGUCGUUUACGGCGAAAGAGCCAUCCUUUACUCGGGAACAAUCACGGUCCAAAGUGCAGAAAAAGUGCACAUUAACGCAGGAACCGUGAUGGAUGGUGUGUUCAUCUGGGAUUUGUUCUCAGAGAAAAACCUGCAUCAUUUUACGGGCCACGAGGGCUCCAUCUUCUACGUGACUGCGAGUAAAAAUGGUCGCUUCGUGGCAAGCUGUUCCGAUGACCGGUCGAUCAAACUUUGGGACCUUGAGUCCGGCAGCUUGCUUUCCACGGGCUGGGGACAUACGGCGCGUAUCUGGAAUUUACAGUUCUUCGAUAACGAUACAAAGCUCAUCAGUGCCUCCGAAGAUUGCACUUGUCGCGUGUGGGAAGUAUCUCAGCUCACUGGUCAGCUAACACAGACAGACGUUCACGAGAUCCACCUAAGUAAGAACGUGUGGGGCUUGGACGUGGACUCACGGCGAAUGAUCGCAGCCACCUCUGGAAAUGACGGCCGGAUAAAGUUGACAGACCUGCGGUUGCGCACUAGAGCUGGUGACGAAAGUCAAGCCUUUUCCAUUGACGACAUUUCGAGAUGCAGAAUUGAUUUUGCAGCAAACGAAAUCGUGAAAGGGUUUUUCUGGCUUCAUUUUGGGCUGGUAGUAUUGACAUCUGAAGGUCAAGUCCUAAAAUACAGCGACCAGAAUUCCGUCUGGUCGUCGAUUUUCCAGAACCAAAAAUUUAAAAGCUUCUCUUCAACAACAGGAGUUCAAAAGCUUAACUUAGUCGUUUUCUCAAAUGGCAGCGGUGAUGUGCUUAUAGUUAAGUUCUCUCAAGACGGUACUCAAGUGUUGAACACGCUAGAGAUAGCCGUCACCGAGCUCUCUAAGGUCACAACUUGUCUUGUUGAAAGCUUCGAUGGUGAACUGUUCAUAGCCCUCCAGUCUCCUAACCCUAGAGAUGCCUUAGUCUGCGUCAAGAUUGACAGUGCCCCUUUAAAAUUGACGGAAAAGUACCAUCUCACGCGUCCUGCUAAUUUCAACGCCAGUUCUAUUCUAUACCACGACAACUUCUUGCUCUUUGGCUCGAAAUUCAGUACGCUGGCGAUUUUCAACUUGCGCGAAAGCGAGACGUCUGCUCAUGUAUUGAAUAGGUUACUUCCGGGCGAUACAAUUACCUCGGUCAGAUUUGUUGAAAAAUCAAGUAAUGACAGGAGCUUAUUUUCGGUCACAGACAGGGAAGGUUUCUACUGUUUUGUAUCUAUCGAUCUCAAUAAUGGUGACUCGGAUAUUGUGCUGGAAAAUAAGAUUUCGAAAGGAUUUUUGGAGGGUGCAUUCUAUGAUCCAAGCGGAGAUUAUAUCACUUAUGGUUUCAAAUCCAAUUAUUUUGUUAUGUUCAAUGAGACGCGACAAUUUGAAAUUAUGAGUGAGCUUUGUGGUGGCUCUCACCGACAAUGGCUUUUCUUACCCAACUACGAUCCAAAUGAGUUCGUUUUCGUUUAUGUUAAAGCUUCGCGCAUUAACAUUCGAAAAUUGCACAGUUCUUUCGUGCCACAGACGUUAAGAGAUGGUUUGCAUGGCAGAGAAAUCAGAGAUCUGACGCUACGCCCGGCGUCAUAUAACACUCGUACGCAUGUGUUUUGUUCAGGCGCAGAAGAUACAACUAUCAAGCUCAACCGUAUAAAAGAAAGUGGUGAGGCAAGAACAAUUUGGACUUUCCGUAAACAUACAUCAGGUUUACAGCGUUGUAAAUUUGUGAGCGAUCAAUAUCUCAUAUCUUCUGCGGCCCGUGAAGAACUUUAUUUGUGGAAGCUGUGUACAGACUUUAAGUCAAACCCCUACAUGUCGAUCAUAGCUGUCCUGCCGACCUCGACAAAAUUACCUGAUCUCCGCAUUAUGGAUUUCGAUGUUAAAUUUAUUGAAAAUUCGCAAGAUUUCAUUUUGGUUACGGUUUAUUCUGAUUCUGCCAUCAAACUGUGGCACUUCGAGCAUGCGAGUCAGAAGUUUGCGCUUAUUGCUAUAGGCAAGUAUGAAACCUGCUGUCUUCUAAACGUUGCCUUGAUUCCCUUGAAGGAAACGCUUUUACUGCUCAUUUCACCAAGCGAUGGCUAUCUGGUAGCUUGGGACGUGACCAAAUGCUUGAACAUUAAUUUGAGAAAUGGAAAGCUCCAGGAUUGGAAACCCAAUUUUUCCCUAAUGCCUAUCCUUCCGGACUAUGCCACGAGAGUUCUGGUUCAUCGUGCUGGUGUGAAAUCGCUGCAGGUAAAGAGCGCGAAUGGCAGUUCUUGCCUAAUUUAUACAGGUGGAGACGACAAUGCAGUUGCAAUCUCCGAGUUCGCUGUUGAGGAGGAUGAAUUAUCCAUCAAAGGCCAGGUUUUGAGUUCUGACACAGCGGGCGCGGCUUCAACAAUAACUGCUGUCAAUCUUUUGAAUGGCGGAAAGGGGCUCAUAACGGCUUCUGUCGAUCAGAGAUUGAGAUACUACGACGUUACCAAAAACCAGUUGACGCUUCAAGACGUAUUCUACACGACAAACGCAGACACGGGCUGCUUGGACGUUGUUUCUACCGCCACAGGAUCGCUGCUUCUUAUCGGCGGUGUAGGCUUCUCUGCGUGGAGUUUGAGGGACGUAAAAAAAUAG